AUGGCCGACAUUGAUGACGAGCUUUUGGCCCUCGCUGGAGGUGGCGAGUCCUCCGACGAGGAAGAGGAGGAGGUGAUGUCUGAGGCGGAGAGUAGGGCGCAAUCUGCGUCACCACCGCCCAAGGCGGCUGCCAAAAAGCCUGCAGCGAAAAAGGUGAAGAAGCGCUCUGGAGGAGGCGACUCAGAAGAAGAAGGAGAGGCCUUCACCUUCGACAACUUGGAUCUCCACCUCGCACCUCGUUACCGCGCGCGCGACUCUAGCUCUACAUUGCACUGCUUGCCAUCCGCAUCACUGACAAUGAGCCUCAGCUCUUCAGCACCCGGUAGCCCCAACUCGAUAGGAUCCGCCGCCAUGGACGAGUCCGAUUCCGAGGCCGAGCCGCAUAGGGCCGGCCAAGACGAUGACGAGGAGGAUAAGUACCCGGUCGAUGGCAUGUUCAAGAGUCGCACCGAAAAGGAGAUGGUUAUGGCCAUGCGCGAGGUCGAGAGAGAAUCACUGCUCGCAGAGCGACAGGCCGAGAUUGAGCGCCACAGACAGAAUCGCAUGCUGCGCCAGCUUGUCAGCAAGCAGGAGAACGAGGAGAAGAAGCAGAAGCUCAAGAAGCGCAGCGCCGACGCUGCCGACCUCGAGGACGAAUCGCGCACGACAACGCGGGCGCGCACCGACGGCAAGACGUCAGCGAUAGAUACGCUCCGUCGCGCGCGUGCGGAGAAGGUCGACCGCAUACGUCGUCGCGAGGAGCGCAAGGGACUCAGGUCGCCGCGCGACGACUACCAGGAUGACAGCGAUGAGGGAGGCGAUUACGAAGAGAACCAGCGCCGCCGGCAUCGCAAGUCACGAUCGCCGGAGGACGAGAUUGUCGCGCGCGAGCUGCCGCCUCCGGACAUUCGGGAUUUCGAGCGUAUCCGCGUCGGAAAGAGUCGCUUCGCGGAGCACUGCUUCCACCCGAGCUUCGAGACGACCAUGAUUGGAUGCUACGUGCGCAUCAGUAUUGGUCCUGACUCCAAGACGGGCCAGGACGAGUAUCGCAUGGCGCGCAUUCAAUCCAUUACUGUCGGCAAGCCUUACGCCAUGUCGGGUCCUAGUGGUACCUUUGUGACCGACCAGUACGUUCUGGCGGCUCAUGGCAAGGCGGAGCGGCCAUUCCCGUUCAUCUUCCUGUCAGAUCGGCCAUUUACCGAGCGUGAAUACAAUCGCUACGAAAAGGUCAUUCAGUCCGAGGGUCUGACGUUGCCCAAGAAGAAGACCCUCAUGGACAAGAUUGACGACAUCAACGCGCUCAUCGCGUACCAUCUCUCCACCACCGAGAUUGACGAGCGCAUCCAGCGCAAGGCCGCGCUCCGCAAGAAGUUCGAUCCCAAGCUGCGCGAGCGUCUCGCCCAAGACAUCGAGGUCGCCCGCGCACAAGGGAACACCAGAAAGGCAGAGGAUCUGCAAGAGCAGCUCGACGAUCUUAAGACGAACGUGCUGGCCUUUAAGACGAGCCUUAGCGACACCUCGUCCAAGCCCAGCGCGGCAUCCCAGCAGGACCGGCUAGCUAACAUUAACCGCCAACGCCGCUUGGAGAACGCCGAGAACGUUAGGAGAGCACAGCUCAAGGAGAAGGCCGAGGCGCGCAAGCUAGAGGCGGCGCUAGAGAGGGGCGAGGACAUCAAGAACGAUUUGUCACGGCGGCUGCGGACAAAGGCAAAGUUCAUCCACGACGCCAACGAUCAGAGCGGCAAGAAGGCAAAGGACAGCAACGCGAGCACACCCGCCAACGGCACGCCCAAGAUGGGUGCCCAGGAGAAGAACUUUUUGCCCAACUUGGUCAAGUUGCAGGCUGCGAACCAGGAGAAGAAGGGCAUCCCGACGAUUCACAAGCCGCUCAUGGACGAUGACAUUAUCGGGUCCCUGGAUCUCGAUAUUGACAUUGACAUUGACUAA